GUGAGACAGGCGAGACGUAUUUUCGCGCAUACAAAACUCUCAUUACGAAAAUUGUGUGUUGACGGAUGUAUCGUAAUUAAUGUGUGUUUGUGAUUGAGCUUUACAUGAAGUUCUGGGAAGUGUUGACUGUUUACGAGUGUUUCAUGUGUUACAGGGUGGAUGUUAAAUGUUCUAACAUAAAAUUUACAUAAAUAAUGUUAGUUCCUGAAAGAUAAACCAAAUGUUACAAAAAACGAUUUGCAUAGUGUUAACGGUAGUAAAUUUAUUGGCAAAUACAUUUCAAUGAUAAGGCAGAGGUGGCGUACAUUUAAGAGAUGAGACGCUUUCGUAAGACAAAGUUUCAUUCUCUCGACAAAAUGCUGCGUAAUUUCUACGUUGCACUUCUUCUGUGGCGGAUCGAUUGUGUCGUCGAAAGCACUAAAGUGGUGAAAAGCAACAUGAGAUAUCAGACCACGUCGCCCCUAAGCCGAGUCGGCCCCACAGCUUCCCAGCGGGAUGUGGAGCCUAACUUCGUUCGACCCAUUGAGAACGUCACAGUUGCCUUGGGAAGAGAGGCAGUGCUCACUUGUUCCGUCUCUGAUAUUGGCGAUUAUAAGGUAGCGUGGAUACGAGCCGACGAUCAGACAAUACUGACCCUUCAUACACGGUUAGUAACGCACAGUUCGCGGUAUGCCGUCACCAACGACUCUCCCUCGUCCUGGCAGCUGCACAUACGACCUUUGAAAAUUGAAGACCGUGGCUGCUACAUGUGCCAAAUUAAUACAAGCACUAUGAAGAAGCAGAUUGGGUGUGUCGAUGUUCUGGUACCUCCAAACAUCGUAGAUGAAGGCACAAGCGGUGACCUGGUGGCCCGAGAAGGCAUGGAUGUGAGCAUCUCUUGUAAGGCUGAGGGUAGACCACUUCCACGGAUACUAUGGAGGAGAGAAGACGGUACAAAUAUUAUGUUGAGAAACGAAGCUGGGGAGUUGCACAAAGUUGACAUGUACACUGGGCCAUCACUGAAUCUCACGAAGGUCGAUCGAAGACAAAUGGGUGCCUAUCUCUGCAUAGCCUCCAACGACGUUCCACCCUCCGUUAGCAAGAGGAUCAUGCUAAGUGUUAAUUUUAGUCCAUCAAUUUUGACGUCGACGAAGGUGAUGGGAGUUCCUACGGGUUCACAAGCCACUUUAGAAUGUAUCGUUGAAGCAUAUCCACACCCUAUAAACUUUUGGCUACGGAGUGGGGAUAAAACAAUGAUUCUGGCUAGUAACAAACAUGAAAUCAAAGAAGUGAGGACGUCCGCAUAUCAAGUAAAGGUUACUUUAACAAUAUCGGAGUUUUCUAUGGAAGAUACUGGGACCUAUACGUGUGUGUCGAGUAAUAAUUUCGGCAAAGCAGAGGGAACUUUGAGGUUGUAUGAAAUAAAAAUCACUACCACAACGACAACUACAACAACAACAACAACUACGACGACGACAACGACAACGCCGCCGCCCACCACGACAGAACUCACUACACAGCCACAUUACAUAGUAGCGUUGCAGCCCGCUGAGCAAAAAUUCUAUACACCAGACGUAACCACUUUUGAUACAAUGCAAAAUGUCAUAGAGCAGUCCGUCCUCGACAACAACUGGUUGCCGACUGUGGAGUCAAGUGCGCGCUCGCUUCGAACAUCAACAACAAUUUUAUUACUACCCACAUUAUGUCACUUUCUACAUAGACUACAAACAUAUUUAAUUUUAGAAAAUAAAUACGAUAUCCAAUAUUCAAGGUGAUAAGUUAAGUGAUAUAGAUUUUUCUAUGUAAAUUUUAUAAUUUUGUUGUGUUAGUUCAGAUUAAGUUUCAGUCUAGUAUAUAUUUUGUAAAUAAUUUACGUAAUGGUUAAUUUAAGUAAAAAAACAAAGAAAUAAAAUUCCUUUUAACUGAUUAAUGCAGCUACUUGCAGAUGUACUCAAUCGUCUAUGUAUCAUUUCUAAUGAUACAUUCAUUUAUCAAGAGAACAAGUCAAAAUUUAAUGAUUUAUUACAUUAUGCAUUGAAAAAUACAUAUUAACAUCCAAUUGUAUUCAUGGCGUAACAGUUAACUCUGAUGGACGGCUCAGUACAGCUGUAAGUUGAAUCUGACGUUUUAUUUUCGCGGCAGUAAUUUUAAAAUAAAUAUCAUAAUGAUUUUUUUUAUAUUAUACUUACCCAAUAACAGUACACUACGAAACUGUAAUAUGUACAAAGACGUUUAAUCUUAAAGAAGCAUAUCAAUAACAAUACAUUGUACAUAGAUAGCUAUACACCAAUAAUAAAUUUAAGAAUAUCUCCUUACAUUUUUUUGAUUGAACAGUAAAGUCUCAAUAAUACUUUUAGGUUGCUAUCUUCUUACUCCAGUAAUUUCUAUAACUCGUAGAUCUUUACAGACUAAAGCAGAGAUAUUAAAUUAUUAUCUGUCUCCUAUUAUUAAAAAAAAGUGGCGCUACAACCUCUAG